AUGGACAUCUUCACACGGCAUUCUCACGAGAUAUCUCUCAAGUCCAAAGAAUUGGGGCCCAUCUCGAUUCUAGCACCCUUCUCAGCCCUCAUCAUCUCCAUCACACUGGUUGUCUCCUUCCUGAUCCGCUACUAUGUCCUGGAAGGAUUUCUCAUUCAGCGGGCGUAUGGAACUACCUUCACAAACAUGAGUGAGCUGAAUCGUCGCGGUUUUAUCAACCAUCACAUCGCCGGCUUCACAAAGAUCCUUAUCUUGAUCCUCGCCGCAUACCCGUUCAUCAGUGUGACAUUCUGCAAAGGACGGUUUCAGACCCCAUUCGCGCCAGGCUCUCCGGUCACUUUGGGAGAUAUUCUGGUCAUUGUCGCGCAGAUGUUGAUGGGAAUGUAUAUUUUUGAGCUCAUAUAUCGUGUCAAGCUCUCGCCAGUUGCUGUUUUGCACCACAUCGGGACAAUCAUGAUUGGCCAGUCGGCUAUUGCGAUCAGCCUGAGAGCAGUGCGCGAGCCAGAUGCUGGCAUUGAGUUCAUCCUGUGCACUACUUGGGGCGCCUUUGAUAUAAUUUCUGAGUUUUUCCCCCACGUCGCCAUCAUCCUCUACCGCGUUUUCCCCGAUCGGCAUCGCUUCCUCAGCCGAGUGUUUCUGCUAUCGUGCUUUACCACGGCGACAGGGACUCUGUGCGAAACUGUUAUGACAAUGUGGCUGUUUGGUAGUUUGUGGAAUAGGUGGCGCCUGGCAUUUAGAGUGGUGACUCCUCUUUUGCAUAUUGCGUUUUCCGCAGCACAGAUUCAUGGAAGUAUAGUCUUCUAUCGGAUGUAUCGUCGUCAAGAGCGGUAUCUAGAAGAAGAGGGGGACAUUGAGGCGGCCGGGGUCAAGGUGACCUCCGCUCUGCCUAAAGACAAAGAAGGGAAGGAGAUUGGCCAUGAAAUUGACCAAAUCACUCCUAGUUCAAGUGCUGAAUCAACUACUCACAUCGCUGUCAGCAGACCAAACUAG